GCGCCGUCAAAGAUCAUUUCAAACAAUUCAAAUUUGUGUUUUUUGUUCUUUUAGAAUGUUACAAAAUUUAAAACAGUAAUAAUGCUGCUGCCCUUGAAUGAUUUUGUUCCCUAUCUACACGCCAACUCCAAAUUCUACCUGCUGAAGCGUCAAAUUGCUGAGAACGGAACAGAGACGCAAUCACAGCUAUUUCAAGUGUUCCGAUCUGACGUUGAAGGCACGCGAUAUCUCACCAACGAUGAGCUCCGAUAGGGAAGCAUUAGGGUUCAAGGACAACGCAACUAAAGAUUACAUUGUGGAAGAAACCAAUGAUGCUCCAAACCAUAAGCCAAAGAAUCUUCGCGGCUUCCGAAAGUUCUUUCCAUUUAUCUCUGGAAACAAAUCCACAGUUCAGUCAAGUAGGAAGCGCACGGAUCAAAUAGAAACACCUCUCGACGACAUUGAUAUACGCAAGCUGAUAAGUCUAUAUUCGACAUACGAGAAUCUGUACAAUCCGAAGAACCCUCAAUAUGGCAAUAAGCAAAUUGAAAAUAUUUACUUUUCAGACAUGGCACGCUCGUUCCCAAGCCAAACAGGUCCACAAAUCCAAGCUUGCCUGCAGGAGCUGCGCCUGUCCUUUGAACGUGAAUACGCCAUCAUUGAGAAUGCGCGUCGUCGUUAUGGCGAAAUUUUGACGCCCUCGAUUAAAUACUACAAUGAGUUUCUGUUUCUGGUGCCCUUUAUAAAUAUCAACUUUAACGACACCGACGAAGCGCUGCCAUCUGAACAGCCGAUAGACCCUGAUGGGCAAACAGCCGGCUGUGGGCCCAGCAAAAUACGCACCUCUUCUAGCAAGGCGUGGAAUCCGAUGGGCUUGAGCUGUAUUAGAAAUAAAUACAUUGUUAAUGCUUCGUCUGCGUCUGGCAUGCAAUUCUUUAAAACGAAAACGAAAAACAGAGAGCAAUCGGACAGCAUGAGCUCGAACCCAAUGAUUUUUAAGCCCUCGCGCAAAGGAGAGCAGCCGGUACAGGAACAAUCAGGACCGGAAGCGCAACAGCAGCCAAUGAUGCUAGAGCAGCAGGGAACUCAGCAGCCGCCAGAACAGGCUUGGCAACAGCGGUCGCCGCAGCGCAUGUCGCAGGAACAGCCGCCUGGGCUACAGCAGCCGCCGCAGCGCCUCUCCCAGGAUCAACAGCCUGAGCAACAGCGGUCGCCGCGGCGCAUGUCGCAGGAACAACAGCCUGGGCAACAGCGGUCACCGCAGCGCUUAUCCCAGGAACAACAGGCUUGGGAACAGCGUUCGCCGCAGCGCCUAUCCCAGGAUCAACAGCCUGAGCAACAGCGGUCGCCGCAGCGCAUGUCGCAGGAACAACCGCCUGGACAACAGCGUUCACCGCAGCGCCUAUCCCAGGAUCAACAGCAGUCGCCUAAGCGCCUGUCGCAGGACCAACAGCCUGGGCAACAGAGGGCGCCGCAGCGCUUAUCUCAGGAACAACAGCCUGGGCAGCAGCAGUCGCCGCAGCGCCUGUUGCAGGAACAACAGCAACAGCGGCCGAGCGAUGCGAGGCCAGUUGAUGCGGAGCAGCAAAAACGAGCUUUGACAACAGAGUCUCAGCGGCAGUCGAUUCAGCAAGAGGAAAACAAUAAACGUGCUUCGCAAGCUGGGCUAGAGGAAAGUUGUGAGUGUCCAGCUUAUGAACAACUAGCUAGUUCAGGAAGCUAUGAAUGUAAAGCAGUCUGUGUUCAAAAUCCGCGCUACAAGUGUAUUGCAGUCAUUAAAGCGCCAGAACAAGCGGACAAUAGUGAAGAUGCCCCAAUGUCGUGUGUUGAACAUAAGCACGACACUCGAAAUGCGGGGAGUUCAAAUGGCCACUCUCGUGUAUCUCGGGCAAGUCAUGAAUCACGUAAAUCUCAAGACCCGCGCGGCUCAACGCCCGAAACUCCUAGAGACCAGCAGGUGGACAUGCUGCUCGACUUGAUAAGAGCGGAGCUUGAAUUCGCUCCCGACUUCAUUUUCUUCGAUGCCAAGUGGCGCAUUAUUGAAAUCCUCCGUGAAGUAAACAAACGUCAAAUGAUUCACAAAAGGGGUGAUCCGUCACAAUGCACGUGCGGUCCAAAUGAAUGCGAUCCACCUCCAGAUCCAAAAAAACCCGGACCAUCCCGGCUGGCCCACCUUAAAUCCCAAGGCUGCCCCUAUUGUGCCAAUCCACGUAGGCGGUAAAAUCGUCACUUUAGCUCGCUUAUCAACCAGUUUUUCGCCGGCCCUGACCAAGUUUUGUUAGAUAAGAAAGAGAUGUGCCUUGUCGCUUAUCGCCCGACAGUCUUCCCGCAGCUGCAAUCCAAGAUGGAAGCACUGUUGAGCAGCUCCAAGCUGUUUAGACAUUGGCCCAGCAUUCUGCUUGGUUUACUCGUCGCGCUGACCAUUAAAUACAUCAAUAACUAUCGAAAGCGAUUUACAAGGACAAAGACUUCGAUCUGCGAAUAUUUGGAGGGAGAAGAGAAUGUUGCGGGUAGCUCUUCCACAGUUGAAUUCACACUGGCUGAUUCUGGCAUUCAGCCCGUCUUGGAGGAGAAGCCACAUGUGCCAUUUGUACCUGGCCUUAAUCUUAAUCCCAGUGGCGGCAAGCGUUUCUACGAGCUGAUGCAUGGUCGCCGCAGUGUACGUGCUUUUAACGCCAACAUUAAGCCACCAAUAGACGUCAUAGAGGACUGCAUACGCGGCGCCGGCACGGGGCCCAGCGGCGCACACACCGAACCCUGGACGUUUUGUGUGAUCGAGCAGUUGGCAGUGAAGCAGGCUGUGCGCGAGAUCGUGGAGCACGAGGAGCAGAUCAACUAUAGCACACGCAUGCAUGCACAGUGGGUGACGGAUCUGCGACCCUUGCACACGAAUGCAGUCAAGCCAUAUCUCACGGAUGCGCCCUAUCUGAUUCUUAUCUUUAAGCAAACGCAUGGUACCACAACAGAUGGACGCAAGAAGCUGCAUUACUAUAAUGAAAUAUCAACGUCCAUGGCUGCCGGGAUAUUACUGUGCGCUCUUCAAGCAGCUGGACUUUGCUCGCUAGUCACAACCCCCCUUAAUUGUGGGCCUGCUUUGAGACGUUUGCUCGAGAGGCCAACGAAUGAGAAACUGUUAAUUUUGCUUGCUGUUGGUUAUGCGGAAGACAAUUGCAAGGUGCCAGACUUAAAACGCAAAGAACUGCAAGACAUUAUGGUUAAAUAUUAAAUUGUUCAUGCCAAAAGAUCUCAAAAAACACAGUAAACAAAUUUGAAUCUGUUUCAGUAUAUACUA